AUGGCCUCAGGACAGACCCUCGGAUUCAUUGGAUGCGGUAACAUGGGAGGCGCCGUCCUAAACGGCCUCCUAAAGAGCGCAUUCUCAACCACAGGCACUGAAACAACCUCACCAAAGCCAAUUACCCGCUUCAUCGCGUGCACAAAAACAGCCAAAUCCGCAGCCCGUCUACAGACAACAAUCGCACCAGAGCACGAACAACUAAUCAAAAUCGUCUCCGACCAAACCGUUCAAACAAUGCAAGAAUCAGACAUAAUAAUCCUCGGCUGUAAGCCCUUCAUGGCGGAAGCCGUCCUAAGUGAAGAAGGCGUCCGCAAAGCCCUAUCCGGCAAACUCGUCAUCAGCAUGCUCGCAGGCCCCUCAUGCCCAACUCUAACGCGCCUCAUCAACCCAGACCCCGACGCGGCAGACCAACCGCAUCUCAUGAAAGCUAUCCCGAACAUGGGCGCGCAGUUUGGGCAGUCGAUGACGAUUAUUGAGACUCCCGCGUCAACCAUCCCGGAGUCUAUGGUUGCGGCCACGGAGUGGAUUUUCAAGCAUGUUGGUGCGGUAAAGUACCUAGGUUCUGAGCAGAUUGGACUAGCAACUGUACUUGUUGGUGCGACGAUGGCGACAUUGACGUUGCCGAUUGAGGGGUUGUUGGAUGGGUGUGUUGCGGAGGGAUUUAAGCGGGCAGAUGCGAUGGAGUUGGUCUUGCAGGGUAUUCGUGGGUUGUCGGCUGUUUUGGAGUCUGGGCAGCAUCCUGCUGUUGUUAGGGAGAGUAUUUCUUCACCGAGGGGGUGUACUAUUCAGACGCUUUUGAGCCUUGAGAAGGCAGGGACGAGGUCGGAUUUUGCGGAGGCUAUUGUUAGGGGGAACACGCAUUUGAAGGAGAAAAUGUAG